AUGGGAGACACCGUCAUGCACUCUCCCAAGCGCGAGCCUGAUAUCCCUCUCGACUCGCGCUCAGCAAAUCCCGUCUACUCUUCUUCCUCCUCGCAGCCUCCCAUGGCCCGCGAGGCAAGAGCUACGACUCCAAAGGAACAGAAACCUGCAAGAGCUACAGAUCCCAUGUCCUUUGCCAGUAUUCUAUCAGGCCCUGCAGAAGAACGCCCUCGGAAGGCUUCUGUCCCGCCGGUCAAGGCCAGUGAACCACCACCCCAGCCCGUAGCAACGCCUGCUCCCAAACCGGCCCCCAAACCAGCCUCUAAGCCCGAACCCAGGGUGCUAGAGUCUGAUAAACGUCGCCGACAUCACAACUACGACGCUACAUAUAGUGAUAUUGCGCCGAAGCCCGUUGCGAAUGGCACGGCUUCCGCAAAAUCGGCACCUCCUCUAGCCUCUGCGAAGCAAUCUUCUUCGUCACACUCUCGGGGCGAGUCAAAUAAUGUCACCACUGCGCUGGAACGCUUAGACAAUUUAGACAAGAGCGAUCUCGAAGCUCCUGGGUUCGAAGAUGAGUGGCAGCGAUAUAUCAUCAAGGGGAGGAAACGGGCUAGGGAGGCAGAGGCCCUGGAUAACCAGAAGAGAAAGCGCCGUCGAGCCAACUUUUUGGGUAAACUGGCCCGUGUGUUCGAGAAGCAAGCCAUUGCCGGCACCGAACGCUUUGCCCGGCUCCAUGAAGCCGAAGUGAUAGAAGAGGUCCAGCAGAAGGAGAUAAUGGAUGAAAAAGAACGCAAGAAAGAUAUGCAGCGGAAACGGCGGCGUGAGAAUACCGUUCGUGCCGAGAUGGAGAAGAUUCAGGCCGCGCAGAAGAAGGUCAGCAAGAUGGAAGACGAUGCCGAAAAGGAGAAACUACAACGUGAAAUCGCUCGGUCUCGCAAGAAGAUUAAGCACACCAAACAUGUGCUCGAGACCGGAUCUGCUCCCCAAGAGAUCAGUGAAGUCGCUCCUCUGUCACCAAACCUCGAGGGUGGCACUACCGGUUCAUUUCACACCCGUGACAAGCCUUCUCCUAAUAAGAAGAGACCCAGCAAGGGAGGCUCUGCCGCUCGGCCAAAGAAGACCAAGGAGCAGAAACAGGCCGAGAAGGAUGCCGCAGAGGCUGCCUAUGCGGCCAUGGAAGGUGAAGAACCGUCUGCCACCGCAUCCAAGGACAAGAAGCCGGCCGCGAAAAAGGAUGCCAAAGCUUCAAAGGAACCCACGCCCGCCCCUGUUGCGACUUUCGACACCAAGGGUUACGCCCAGCUAUAUGAACAGAUCUGGAGGGAUAUGGCUCGCAAGGAUAUUCCCAAGGUUGCUCGUAUGAAGACUACCUCGCUCAAUAUCCGACAGGAGAACUGCCGCAAAACGGCACAGCUCGCAAAUCGUACCAACCGCAGUACGAAGGAUACCCAGGCCCGAGCCAAACGAACCAUGCGUGAGAUGAUGUCCUUCUGGAAGCGGAACGAGCGUGAAGAGCGUGAUCUGCGCCGGAUGGCAGAGAAACAGGAACUCGAGCUCGCCAGAAAGGCAGACGCAGACCGUGAAGCCAACCGCCAGAAACGAAAACUCAACUUCCUCAUCUCCCAAACCGAACUGUACUCCCAUUUCAUUGCCGGAAGAUCAAAACCAACGAAGCUGAACAGUCUGCCUGCCGACGGCGCAAAGGAACCCGACACCUCGCUCAACGUACCCGAUGACCUCGGUGAUCUCAGCGCAAAGGUUACCAACUUUGAGGAUCUCGACUUUGACGCUGAAGAUGAUACUGCGUUGAGAGAGGCGGCCAUGGCCAACGCACAGAAUGCAGUCAAACAAGCCCAGGACCGCGCUAAGGCGUUCAAUGAACAGGAGAACAAGAUGGCUGCCUUUGACGAAGGUGAAAUGAACUUCCAGAACCCUACAAGUUUGGGUGAUGUCCAGGUUGCACAACCUAAGCUGCUUAACUGCCAGCUCAAGGAAUACCAAUUGAAGGGUCUCAAUUGGCUGGUCAACCUCUACGAGCAGGGCAUUAACGGUAUCCUUGCCGACGAGAUGGGUCUCGGAAAGACCGUACAGUCUAUCUCCGUCAUGGCGUAUCUUGCUGAGGUCCACAAUAUCUGGGGUCCGUUCCUCGUUAUUGCACCGGCUUCGACUCUUCACAAUUGGCAGCAGGAAAUCACCAAGUUCGUACCAGAUAUUAAAGUGCUUCCGUACUGGGGUUCGGCCAAAGAUCGAAAGGUGCUGCGUAAAUUCUGGGAUCGCAAACACAUCACUUACACCAAGCAAUCCGAGUUCCAUGUCCUGGUGACAUCCUACCAACUCGUCGUUUUGGAUGCCCAGUACUUCCAAAAGGUCAAAUGGCAAUACAUGGUUCUUGAUGAGGCUCAGGCUAUUAAAUCGUCACAGAGUUCAAGAUGGAAGAAUCUGCUUGGUUUCCACUGCAGAAACAGAUUGUUGCUCACGGGUACACCUAUCCAGAACAACAUGCAGGAACUUUGGGCUCUUCUACAUUUUAUCAUGCCUACUCUCUUUGAUUCCCACGAUGAGUUCAGCGAGUGGUUCUCCAAGGAUAUCGAAAGCCAUGCUCAGAGUAAUACCAAGCUGAAUGAAGACCAACUUAAGCGACUACACAUGAUUCUCAAGCCGUUCAUGCUUCGGCGUAUCAAAAAGCAUGUCCAGAAGGAACUCGGUGACAAGGUCGAGAAGGACGUCUUCUGUGACCUCACAUACAGGCAGCGGGCGUACUAUGCCAGCCUCCGAAAUCGUGUCAGCAUCAUCGAUCUUAUUGAAAAGGCUGCCACGGGCGAAGAAGCAGACAGUACCACGCUGAUGAACUUGGUCAUGCAGUUCCGGAAAGUCUGCAACCAUCCUGACCUGUUUGAGCGUGCCGACACUUCUUCACCUUACUCCAUGUGUCAUUUUGCUGAGUCCGCUUCCUUCGUCAGAGCGCAGCCAUCAGUUCCCUAUUCGACCCGUAGCUUGAUAGACUAUGAUCUACCAAGUAUGCUUUGCAGUUCCGCGGGACGACUCGACAUUCCUGGGCCUAACAAUAGCAAGGCAGGGUUUGAUGAUAAAUACCUCUCGCAUCUCAUGAAUGUGUGGUCACCGGAAAACAUGCGGCACAGUCUAGGUGGAGACGAUGCCUUCUCCUGGCUUCGGUUCACCGACCUGUCGAUGGAAGAAGCACGUUCAAUUUCUGAAAAGGGUGUCUUUGAGCGGGCGUUGGAGCGCCAUGGUGUUGAGAAUCGUCUGGCACGACUAUCGAUUGUUUAUGACGAUGAUGAAACGAGCACGAAUUCCCUUCUACCGCAUUCGUUAUUCAAAAUCGUCGACCGUAACAGCCGAUCUGAGCUCACCAAGCAUGGCUCCUCUGGCUACCUACGCGAGCUAUUCAACGUUACCCAGACAGUAAUCGAUAACCAAGGAAUACUUGGUUUCGAGCCUUGCGGUAAAUAUGAUGCGAACGCACCGCCAAUAAUGAUAUCAUCCGCUUCAUCUGUACCGGACUUAGAGGCUCAAAAUACCUUCUUCAACGUCCGGGCUCGUCAAGCUUUGAUUGGAACAACGACUCGAGGCCUCGAUGAAGAUAUUCUGAAUCACAAGGUCAACCCCUUACCUUACUCGUAUCCACCAAUGCUGCCCAAACCAGGCUCCACGAAACGAGGAUAUACCAAUAUUACCGUGCCGUCCAUGAGACGCUUUGUCACUGAUUCCGGCAAACUAGCGAAACUGGACGAGCUACUUCGGGAGCUGAAGAACGGUGGCCACCGUGUACUACUCUACUUCCAAAUGACCCGCAUGAUCGACCUGAUGGAAGAGUAUCUCACAUACCGCAACUACAAAUACUGCCGACUAGACGGUAGUACCAAGCUAGAAGACCGUCGAGACACCGUCUUGGAUUUCCAGCAACGGCCCGAGAUAUUCAUCUUCCUCCUCUCCACCCGUGCCGGUGGUUUAGGUAUCAACCUGACAGCAGCCGACACCGUCAUCUUCUACGAUUCCGACUGGAACCCAACCAUAGACUCGCAGGCUAUGGACAGAGCUCAUCGUCUCGGCCAAACAAGACAAGUCACAGUCUAUCGUCUAAUCACCCGUGGAACCAUCGAGGAAAGAAUACGCAAGCGAGCUCUUCAGAAGGAAGAAGUGCAGCGUGUCGUUAUAUCCGGUGGUGCAGGUGGCGGCGUUGAUUUCAACACCCGAAGCCGUGAGAACCGUACCAAGGAUAUCGCUAUGUGGCUUGCAGACGACGAUGAAGCAAAGAUCCUGGAACAAAAGGAGAAAGAAGCUCUUGAGAAGGGUGAAGAGGCCGCUGCCGCUCCCAAGAAGGGUAGAAAGGCUGCUCCCAAAAAGAAGCGAGACGUCACGCUGGAUGAUAUGUAUCAUGAAGGUGAGGGUCACUUCGACGAUCUAAGUGCCAGACCUUCCGGCGCCGCAACACCCUUAUCUGCAGACGUCGAAGCACCUGCUGCAGGCCCAUCAGGCAAAGGUGGUCGCCGCCGUGCUCCUGCAAAAGGCACCUCCAAAAGAGCAAAAACCGCCAAAGAGCGUCUCCAAUUCAUCGAUGGUGACGACUAA